AUGCCCCCGCGUUCCAAGAGCAGCGAGACUCUGACUCUGACCUUCAGCCGCUGCCUCCUCUCCUGCAAGACCACAAGAGCAGUAAUUCUGCUGAUAUCGCUGCACCGCCGGAGCCAGUUCGACAGCGCCUCCGUGGAAAUGUGGCUCAUAAAUACGAAGACCUUGGAGCUUGAGUCAGUGACCGAUCACGAGAGGGUGGAGUAUGCUAUACUCUCACAUACGUGGGACGAAGUCGAGGUGCUGUUCGAGGACAUGUGUGACUCGGCAGCGGCAGCGCGUAAAGCAUAUAGCUUCAAAAAGAUCAAGACGGCAUGCCGCCUUGCAGAACAGCGAGGGCUUCGUUACGCUUGGGUGGACACAUGCUGCAUCGAUAAGAGAAGCAGUGCUGAGUUGUCAGAAGCUAUUAACUCGAUGUUCCGCUGGUAUAGGGAUGCGGCAAUCUGUUUUGUUUACCUAUCUGAUUUGGCGUCUGAUGGAAUGGCUGGCGACUCAAUCCAGCACUCUCAAGACAACCUCGCGUCUGGGCUUGUGGAGAGCAUCGAGCAGUGUCGAUGGUUUUCUCGCGGUUGGACACUUCAAGAGCUGAUUGCGCCAAGGCAUAUUAUCUUCUAUGACCGAGAGUGGAAAGAGCGAGGUACUAAAGAGACGCUGCGCGAACGAAUCUCUGCCAUCACUUCUAUUGAGUUGCGGAUUCUAGCACAUACUGCCCCCCUCGACUCAGUGAACAUCGCAAAACGCAUGUCGUGGGCUGCGAAACGACAUACCACUAGGCGAGAGGACAUGGCCUACUGUCUGUUGGGCAUAUUCGAUAUCAACAUGCCGAUGCUCUAUGGCGAGGGCAAAAAGGCAUUCCUGCGAUUGCAGGAGGAGAUCUGCCGGCGCUCCCGAGAUCUGACAUUGUUCGCAUGGGAACUGUCGCCACCACUUGAAUGUCAAUACCACGGCCUGUUUGCUCAACAUCCUCGCAACUUUGCCAGUGUCUCGGAUCUGGAACGAGAUGCGACAAGGAUGCCGUACACAAGUGAGCUGAGGCUGUCAAAUAAAGGCAUAUGGUUGGAAGGCAUGGAGUUGGGCCUCAAUCCAGAGGUCGGACUGUUUAUGAGCCUGGGCUGCUGCCGUAGCGACGGGCCAGAUGUGGCCCACAUUCGUCUUAUCAAAACCAUGGAGGGCUAUGUGAGAGUUGAUGCAGAUCGCCUCUUCUUCUCGUUUCCCAAAGAUCUUACUUGGCGUCUGCCGGAGGACGUGUACAUCCCCGCCUCCCUUUCCUCGGAUGAUCUACGGCGGUUGGAGAUUCAACCGACGCACAUGAUCAAGAUAGCAUCUUCUGAUCCCACAGCGAUCCAGGUGGUUGGAACAAUUCCGCACGACUUCUGGGAUCCUGAGAACUCUGCGUUUCUGCUUGCAUGCACUCUCAACGGCGUUGGCGACUACCGCGGGCUCAUGGAGCUCUCCAUAGGCAAAGGUGCAGUCCGCGCCAAGCGGUACCUAAUGUUCCAGCUAUAUGCUGAUAUGACUCGCCAAUCAAAAUGGGAUGGCCGUCCCCAUAUUGCCAUGAAACACAAGAUUGUAGAUGCACUCUCAACCCGUCGGCGUCUCGACAUUGGCGAGUGGUUCAAGAAGCCGAAGAUGAAUCGUCAGAUCCAAGAGGCUAUAGUUGAAGAGCUGGAGGUGAAUGACGGGGCUCCAGAGGGCGAGGGCUUCUUCACAUGGGAUUUUGGGACAGCCGAGAUCCCUGGUUCUCAUCUGUCAGUGUUCGUGGAUGUCCGUCAGACGAGCAAGUCCAAAGGACAAGCUUGGGCGUUUGUUCUCUCAUGCUGA